AUGAAGACCAAAGUGGAAGAGACGUUCUCCGACUUCUUCGAGAAGUGGGUUUCUCAGCUAGAAGAACUCCUACAGCAACUAGUUCAAGUCUCCAAAACGACGAACAACGACUCGGAUCAGUUGCAAGCGCUGGUCGCUAGAGUGACAACCCAUGUGAAAGCGUACUACACGGCGAAAUGGGCGGCGGCGCACGAGGACGUGCUGGCGUUCUUCUCGCCGGUGUGGCUGAGCCCGCUGGAGAAUGCGUACCAAUGGGUGACCGGGUGGAAGCCUUCGACCGUUUUCCGCCUGGUGGAGUCACUGAGAAAGAGCGGCAGCGCGACGACGCUGAGGGGCCUGACGGAGCAGCAGGUGAAGACGGUGGAGAAGCUGAGGCUGAAGAUAAGGCUGGAGGAGGAAAAAGUGGAGAGAGAAAUGGAGAGGCAGCAGGUGGCCAUGGCCGACCGGAGGAUGGUCGAGCUUGCCAGGCUGGCAAGCAGAGGCGGAGGCGGCGGAGAAGCGGCGGAGGAAGUGCUGGUGGAGGCGGCGCUGAAAGGGAUGUUUGUGGGGCUGGAGAGGGUGAUGAAGGCGGCGGAUUGCGUGAGGCUCAAGACACUCAAAGGAGUGUUGGAUGAGCUUAGUCCUUUGCAGUGCGUGGAGUUUUUGGCAGCCACGUGUAUGCUUCAGCUUCAGCUUAGGCAGUUGGGGAGGAAGAGAAGUGGUGGUGGUGGCACAAAUAAUGCUACUACGACUACUGCGUACUACUAA